AUGCCGGCCGCGCCACCCAAACCGCGCAAGAUUGGCUCCCGAGCCUGCGAUGCCUGCAAGAUCCGAAAGGUGAAGUGCACCGAAAUUCCGCCUUGUCGUCGGUGCAGCACCAUCGGUAUUGAGUGCACCUUCAACAAGGGACAGGCCACGAGGGGUCCGAGGAGCCUCCGAGCCAAGACGUGGCAGCAGAUUCGAGAUGCGCAGCAGCAGCAGCAGCAGCAGUACCAGGAGAAAGCUCCCGAAGAUGCUGCGGCGACGCGCGAUGGGAGCGCUGAUGGGAGCCCCCUCUCGUCCACCGGCCGGGACCCUUUGAUGAACAACUCGACGACCCCCGUCAUUGCCGUCGAAUGGCUCGUCCUGCGGCUCUGCAUCUACCGUCUGCGCCUCUUCCCGGUAUGGCCCAUUGUCGCCGUCGAGGAGGUCAUCGCCUCGCUACAGCGCGAUGCCGAGGACCAAGAGAUGUACGCCCUCGCCACGGCCAUUGGCGCUGCCACCAUGGCCCAGCUCAAACUGGACCGUUCCCGCGACUGCGGCAUCAACGACGCUGUGACCGCCCAUGUCCUCGAAGCAGAGUGCCAGCGGAGCCGCGUCCUGCUCGACUCGCAGCCCGCCAACCUCAACAAGCUGCGGACCUCCUUCUUCCUCCACAUCUUCCACGAGAACCAGCAGCCCGGCGGCACCAAGUCGCUGUUGUACCUGCGCGAGGCCAUCACGCUCGCCCAGAUCAUCGGUCUGCACCGCGCGACUUCCUACGCCGUGCUUCCGUCUGCCGAGCAGCGCAUCCGACGCCGCACCAUCUGGCUGCUCUUCGUCACCGAACGCGGCGUGUCCAUGCUGCACAAGCUGCCCGUGGUGCUCGACUCCAACGGCAAGCUGCCGCCGCUCGACAGUGGCGAUGCCGACGACGAAGCCCACAUCCUGCCAGCCUUUAAAAAGCUUGUCAACUUGUUCUGGAUUUUUGAUCAGUCUGGCGCCUUUGAGAUUCUACAAGAUUCAGCCGACGGUGCUGAAGGCGCCGGCGCGCGAAACUUUGAUGUCCUGAGCACGCUGCAGCGACGUCUGCAGGAGGAUGCCCUCGAUCUCGAGCAGGGCGGCAACGACGUACAAAAGGCCGACAUUCUCGCAACCCGUCAGUGGAUGCAGAUUCUCAUUUGGCGCGCCAACACGGGCCGUCGCGCCAACGCCGCAGCCAUUGCCGUACACGGUCCGAUCCAGAUCGCCACGGAGUUUCUCGAUCUCGCAGCGCGGCUCCCGAGCGCGGCUCUCGAGGCACACGGACCCGGCAUUGAGUUCAAGGUCUUUGAGAUUGCGAGCGCCGUCGCCGAUGUCAUUGCCAGCCACCUCAGCCAGUCGAACGCGCUGCCGAUGGACGUCCGCCCCAGCGACAUUCUCGCGCGUUUGCAGACGCUACUCGCCUCGACGCGCGGCGGGAACAACAGCCUGCUGCGUCUUCUCGGAGCGCGCAUCGCCCAGGCUGAAGCCCAGCCAGCAGCGCACUUCAGCCUCGGCCCUUCCAUGGUCCCUCACCAACGCGUUGACGAGAUCCUCGACGGCGGCAUCUCGUCCUGGAAUCAAGCAAACGGAAACCCCGAGCAGACGUUUGAUGUGCAAGCCUACCACGACCAGGCCGCCAUGACGCAGAUGCAACCCCUCGGCUGGCCGUUCCCCGCGUCACCCUGGCUGUCCCUCGUGGCCGCCGCCGAACUCGAGCAGCAGCAGCACGCCGACGGCACCAGAGGCCAGCAGAUGCAGGGUGAAGCAGAAGGCAUGAGCCCUGGCACGGGCGGCUGGUUUUCGCAAUCGCUCGACCUCUUGGCCCAGCUCGAAUCGGAGCCACCCACGAGCGAGGCCUCCAUGGAGAGUCUGCCCGGAAACAACAGCGUCGACAUGAUGACGGGCGAUCCUUGGUUGCUCGAUCUGGGGCAGUCCUGA